AUGCUGCCAUGUGAACUGAUCCUAUUUCUAUUCGCUGUACACGAGGGAUUCUUCGCUUAUACAAAUGGUUUCAUGGGACGUUCUAUCGCCUUACUGGUGUCCGAUGUUGCUAACUGUCAGCUUGGUGGAGGCAGUAUUACGUACUGGUACUUCAAAACUGGCGACGAAUCGAAGCUAGAAGUCCUUUCAGAAAAUCACAGUCACCAAAUGCAAGAAAAACGACGAUCGCCACCUCACCGGAUCGGUUUUUACGAUUGGCAACACCUUCGACAAUCAGAACAUUACCAUGGACAGACCAUGAUAAUUGUGUCCCAGCCCAAAACAAAAACCAAAACUGUGGAUUUGCAAGUGAAGAAAAACGAAGAUUUACCCCUUGAGGCAGUCAAUACAUCGGUAGCAUUUCCCAAAAUAAUCAACUCACCGUUAACCACCACUUUGCCUCCGAAAACGAAAACCUCCACUGCAAUGGUGCCAACAUUGGUUACGACUAGCAGUAAUACCACUCCUGAAUUAUUAACGACAUCGAUUAUUCCUGCUUCCACCAAUGAUCCCCUUGCGAACAUUACGUCUCUUCUCAGACAAACUGCGCCAGCCCUAUUCUAUAUUCCUGUUCUCAUAGAGAUUCUUCGAUCCGCUGAAUUGUGGAAUCCAGGCGAUAUAAAGGCACCGUUUCGGCAACCAAAUUUGCUUCAGAAUAGUCAUGCCUUUGGUGUAAAGGAAGAACUACGACAUACUCCUGUUGAUUUCAAUGAUUUUCGCCAGAAACAAGGAUUUACGGACCUAGCUAUUAAAAAUCCAAUCAUUCCAACAAGGAAUAUUCUGAGUACAACAAUUGCACCGCUUCAGUUUACGUCUCCAGUAGAUCUGUCAUUUCUCAAAGCACGGAAAAAUACCUAUGAAAUUGCAAUGACUACGAUGAAGCCAGAACCAACUUCUAGAGAAAAAUAUCUCUCACGAAAUACGCAUUCCAGAAAGAAAACCAUUGCCAUCAAUGUAAAGACUGGAUCACAAGACAUGGCUAUUAGAGCUUUGCACAGAGAGUUGUUUCAGCGAAAAGAAAAAUACGAAAUAAACACCACCACCCCCAUAAAAACGAGAUCACACAACAAGUUAGUAGUAUUCAAGAGACCUAGUAGUACUGAGUCGGAAGUGGCAAUGAAACUCACUGAAUUAGUAAAAUAUCUGCCCCUGGAAUCUAGCGAUAACUUUGAACUACUUCAGCAAAUUCCAGAAAUUUAUAAUUUGACACGAGGCUUGGAUCUAACACAGGUUUCUAAACGCGGAGGGAUUUCGAAGUUGAGGAACCAGUUUUUAAAACGGCUUAUGCAUCCCACGAAGGGCAUCUCAUUUUACAACACUUCCAUUUCUCAAACAACAUCAACUGAUCCCAAGAUACCGUUUCAAAUUGAACAUCAACGAGCCCUGAACUUCGCUGCACCGACGGCGUUUCGAGAGAGCUUCAGUGAGCAAAGUUCGCCACGUGUGGGAGUAUCAUUCGCUCCGUUGUGCCCAAUGAUUGACUGCAGCUUUGAUAAGAGCACAAUGUGUAAUUACGUCACCAGCGUCACGGAUCCGAGAAUCAACGGAACUCUUAAAGAUUGGGAAAUAUCAACAAAGGCCGUCUUGAACUCGCUCACUGGGAUACCUCAAGAUUUUUCCAAAUCCGGUUCAUUUAUUUAUGCCGGCGGCAAAAACGUCUCGCCGCAUGACGUAUACAUACUCUCCAGUAAACUUCCUGUGGAAAUCAAAGAACAAGCUCGCUUGAACUUUUUUGUCUACCAAGCAGGAGUUAAAGGACGUCUCCAAGUCUGCAUUAACACCAUCAAUAACUGUGCACUUAACAUAAAAGGAAGUACUAUCGAUAUCAAAGCGCGAAGAUGGAAGAAUUACCACGUCCCGUUGGCGCCCGACACACAUGCAAUUCACUUCGUGGUAGACGGUCUUCACGACAACUACGCCAUAGGACUAGAUCAAAUCCAAUUACUUAAUACGUACGGCACAGCCGCACAGCAAUGUAAAUGA